AUGGCAGUAUUCAAAAAGCUAAAAAAGAGUAAAGACAAAGGUGUACCAUUGCCAGAACCUGAACCAGUAAAACAACUUGAUAAACGUGUAGGAAUGGAUACAUAUAGGGAUUUUUUCACAUUGAAAAAUUAUUGGAAAGCUGUCGAUCGAAAACGACAAGAUUCCGCGCAAAUGAUGUUUAGCAGGUACCUGAACCAAAACCCCGACAAUGCUAAACUCUACCCAAAGCUCAAAAAUAUUGACGGAGCCACUGUCGACAUGACGUGCAGCGAUUCAGGGUUCGAAAAUAUGGCUGCUCUAUACUUAAAGGUUUUCGACGAGAUUAUCAGUACAAUCGAAGAAAAGCCGGGAGAUGUUCAAAUGGCUUGCGAUCGAUUAAAAUCAGUUGGGAAAAUGCAUAAAUCGAAGGUUUCACAAGCCCCUCAGAAUUUCAAAGCAAUGGAGGAACCAUUCAUGUACAUGGUAAAGGAAGUGUUACAAGAUCGCUUCAACGAAAAAGCCGAAGGACUUUUCCAGAAAUUCUACGCAUUUUGUCUGAAAUACUUGAUUGAAGGAUAUAAUAGCUAG